GUGUGUGUGAGAGAGAGAGUGUAUGUGAAAAAGAGAGAGAGAUGAAAUGCACCGCUGCUUUUUCGCCGCUCGCGUUCGAAUCCUCCGCGAGAUCGAGGCGCGCGUAUAAAGCUCUCGCGCUCGGUCUAUCGGCGUGUUUUGGAGUGCGAAAACCAGUGUUGCAAAGUUGCACACUAGUCCCUGGGCUGCGGAAGGGCCUGGCUGUGUGUGUACGGAGUUUGUUUCUUACUUCCCCCUCCCCCAUCCGCUCCUGCUGCUGCUGCUGAGGCCGAGACAUGAAUGCGAUGAAUGUGGGGCUCACUUCAAAGCAGAUCGCGAGGGCUGUUGUAGUAAUGCCGUCAGCGAAGGAAAAGCGCAGCGAACGCGAUCCGUUUUUAGAUGGCCGCGUUUUUCACCGUGCGUUAGUGGGAUGAUCGGAUAUAUUGGCGUUUGUAGCGGUUAAAGAUGGCUAGCGUGCUGUGACAACGUGUUUUCACACUAGUUGAGUCGGAUGAGUAGAUCAAGCUCGCUAGAAAUGUCGGCCCGUGCGCUCAAGGAUGGUCAAAGUGUUUUCACCAUCUUUGCUCACUUGUUCGGGAAGGUGUCGCGCCGCACGUAACGUUACUUCCUCUCCUCGCGCGUUAUGUUAUUUGAUGCGGUUAAUGUUGGUUGUAUCUGUGUUUUAAACUCAUCAUGUUUUGCUUUGUAGCUAGCUAGUAGCCUCCCCAGGUUAGCACUAGGAGCGUUUAGCUGGUAAACUACAGCAUUAGUGCGUGUAAAAUGUUUAUACAUUCGCGUCUUGUGCUGGAUUAGCCUGCUAGCUCAUCGCCAUUGAAGUUCACGUUGGUGAAGUUAUUGACUGGGAUAGCUCAAGGUUUCUUUCCUCCUCCGCUUGCUUAUCAAGAACAUCAGACGAAAUCUAUUUGGCAGGCAGUCAAAGGUUUUAAGGUCGGAACUUGAAAGUGUUGGAUUUAUGGUUGGUGUCGUAAAGCGAGUCACAGGAGGAAUUCUUUUGCAGUGGCAUUAAUAGAAGCCUGGAUAUAAACUUUCUGCCUUGUGGGCUGUACUGGGACAGGGUGCAGGGACAGUGUGAGCAUGAGCAUAAACGAGACGGGCCGUUAUCUGCCAGAUGUGGGCGGCAGCUUCACUGAGGAUGCCCCCAGACCCCCGGUUCCCGGGGAAGAGGGCGAUCUGGUGUCCAGAGAUGGACGGCAAUAUGGCCACAGUUUUUACUCGUCUAAGAGCGAGAGCCUCAAGAACGAGACCUCCAUAGCUACGCCCAGAAGACCCGACCUGGAUCUGGGCUAUGAGCCCGAGGGUAGCGCUUCCCCGACGCCACCCUACCUGAAAUGGGCGGAGUCCUUGCACUCGCUUUUAGAUGACCAAGAUGGCAUCCACUUGUUCAGGACUUUCCUCAAGCAGGAGGAGUGUGCCGACAUGCUGGACUUCUGGUUCGCCUGCAGCGGCUUCCGCAAGCAGGAGGCCAACGAAGGCAAUGAAAAGAUGCUGAAACUCGCGAAAGCCAUUUACAAAAAAUACAUCUUGGAUAACAAUGGAAUCGUGUCCAGGCAGAUCAAACCGGCCACCAAGAGCUUCAUCAGGGACUGCGUGAUGAAGCUUCACAUCGAUCCUGCCAUGUUCGACCAGGCGCAAACCGAAAUUCAGACUAUGAUGGAAGAAAACACCUACCCUUUGUUUUUAAAGUCCGACAUAUACUUGGAAUACACCAGGACGGGCGGAGAGAGUCCCAAACUAUUCUGUGACCAGAGCUCGGUGUCAGGCAACGGCAAAGCCCUGCCAGGCUACUUGCCAACUCUGAACGAAGACGAGGAAUGGCGGUGCGACCAGGAACAGGAGCAGAACCAUGAAAGUGACUCCACUCCCAGCAACAGGCUGACCCAGAAGCUGCUCAUGGAAACCGUGCCUCAGCGGGUGGCCAACAGUAAGAGAUAUCAGGACAACCGGGAAUACAGACACGCUUCAUGGAGGGAGCCCAUCAACCCGUACUAUGUGAACACUGGUUACGCGCUGGCUCCCGCCACCAGUGCCAACGACAGCGAGCAGCAGAGCAUGUCCAGUGAUGCAGACACACUCUCCCUGACCGAUAGCAGUGUAGAUGGAGUCCCACCUUACAGAUAUCGUAAGCCGCAUCGACAUGAGAUACACGAAAGUGCCAAAGUUAAUGGGCGAGUGCCACUACCUCAUAUUCCUCGCACAAACCGGAUGCCAAAGGAUAUUCACGUUGAGCCGGAGAAGUUUGCGGCGGAGCUCAUCAGCAGGCUGGAGGGGGUGCUGAGGGAACGUGAGGCGCAAGAGAAACUGGAGGAGCGGCUCAAGAGGGUUCGGCUGGAAGAGGAAGGUGAUGAUGCAGACAUCUCCACCGCUCCCUCCCUAGCCAAUCACAGGAUCCCUCCUGCGGUCCAUGUGCAGCAUUUUGGUGGUCGCUACUCUGAAAUGAGCUACAACGGAUUGCAGCUACGGGACGCACAUGAGGAAAACCCUGAGAGCAUCCUGGACGAGCAUGUGCAGCGUGUCAUGAAAACCCCUGGUUGUCAGUCUCCGGGCACGGGCCGCCACUCUCCGAAGUCCCGCUCGCCUGACGGGCUUCCCGCGGGCAAGAUUCCCGGGAUGAUGCUGCCGCUGUCUGGUGUCCAAGGCAAGCACCAGACUCGGCUGGGCCCAAAGGGUGAGGCAGCGAACAUGUACCAUCACAAACACAUUCUCCAAACACACCAUGCCACGGGAGGGAAGCCCAAAGAACAGGUGGAGGUGGACACCACGAGGAUGCACGGGGGAUUCGCCUGGAACAUGGAGCAACACCACUGUGGAUCCAAGACACGCAACUUUGCAGAUGGGAUGAGUGUCGGCCCCAAUGCCAUGGACCCCAUGGUUUAUGGCAGUAAAGGAAGCACACUGUCAAAGCGUCCAGUCAGGAAAGGAGAUGAUGGUCGAAACUUUGAGAUGCGAGAGCCCUUGCCCCAUGAUGAUAUAGAGAGGAACCAGAAGAUACUGCAGUGGAUGAUGGAGGGCGAGAAGGAAGCUGGACGCUAUAAGAAGAGCCCUUAUGGGAGCAUCUCUGGCUCCAAGAAGGUUCAGGGUCACGAGGUGUCGAGGCCCAGCUCGGUGGAGCGACCGGGGGCUGUGCACCCUUGGGUUACCGCCCAGCUCCGCAACAAUGUGCAGCCUUCCCAUCCCUUCAUCCAAGAUCCAACCAUGCCCCCCAACCCAGCCCCCAACCCCCUCACCCAGCUGGAAGAGGCACGCAGGCGGCUUGAGGAGGAGAGGAGGAAGUCUGGAACAUUGCAAGCUAAGCAGAGGUAUGUGAUGGAGGUGAUCCAGAGAGGUCGCACCACUGUCAGGCCUGCUCUGUUCCCCACGUUCAGUGUGGUGCCCGCUGUCUCUGACAUGGAGCUCUCCGAGGCCGAGCAUAAGAACGUGAAGAAGCAGCCCUGUGAGAACAUCACUGUGGCCUAUUACUUCUGUGGAGAGCCCAUCCCAUACAGGACAUCCGUCAAAGGAAGAAUCGUCACACUGGGACAGUUCAAGGAGCUGCUUACUAAGAAAGGGAGCUACAGGUAUUAUUUCAAGAAAGUGAGCGACGAGUUUGACUGUGGGGUGGUGUUCGAGGAGGUACGCGAAGACGAUGCCAUCCUGCCCAUCUUUGAAGAGAAGAUCAUUGGAAAAGUCGAGAAGAUCGACUGAGGCUGUGAGGGAGGCAGGAUAUGGAGAAUGGGAGGAAGCGGCGAGCAGGUGCUGAGAUUGGUACAGCGAACGUGGAGGUGCAGAACAGGGACUAAUACACUAUUUUCUCAGAGGCUUCUACCUCCGCACAACAGCUUUUAAAGUCACACCGCUGCUCGGUGCUCAAGAUCACCGCAUUGUGCACGGAAAGCCCUUGGACUCCGAGACGAAAGCGCGAGGCGGCGUUCUCUCACCUUUGCUAUGUUUCUAACCCUGAAAAAUGUAAUGUAGCAAUGUAAAGUUAGCUUAGAAAAAAAGUACUAUGAAAUGUUUACUAAAGCUGCAUAUUUUUGAUAUGACGUAUCAGAAGGAACAUAUCCUUUCUAAUUUAACAACUCUUGUAAUUUUAUAUGUGCUGGUACCAGAUGUGUACAGACUGUCUGUUUAAAAGGAAAAAGAGAAAGUUUUAUAUCUAUUUAAAUAUUUAAAAAAGGAAAAGAAAAACAAAAAAAAAACAAAAGCGAAAUCGGUUCACCCAUAUCAAAGCUGAGGCGUCAACCUGACCCAAGACGGUGGUAGAUUUCACAAGACUGUGGUUACGAAGAAAUCCUAACCCACGCUUUACCAAGUGCUUUUAACUCACAGUUUGUUAACCCAUUGGAGAGGGAGGAGUCAGUCGACACCGCACUUUUCACCGCGUUAUGCAUUGAUGUCAAAGGAGAAGCGCUUCGAGCGGAUGUCCUGUACGACGAUGCCUUCACAUUGCUGUCUUUAGUUGAUGUCAUGACAUGCAUAAUUCCUCCCCUCUCAUCAUGAUGUAAGGGCAAAGGAUGAGUGCGCACAAAUAUCUCGUAUAGAUCUAUAGUUAUAUCCAGAAUCUGUAAGGUCGCUUUCCGGCGCAGUGCUGACGCCUGUUCAGGAGCAGGGGAAUGUGAGACUCGUGGAAGAGGACGCGACGUUCUGGGGUUCAUCGUCUAUCUAGUGCCAUUGGACAAUAUACUGAUCAUGUUUACACUUACCUUAAUGUAUUUUACUGAACAAGAAACAAAUAGAAAAUUGUAGCUUUUUAGCUUAACACGGCUAAAUGUGGUGCCUGGCGAGAAUGAAACGUUUUAAAAAUGUAGUUUUAACCUAAUGUGUUCUGCCUUGUUGAGAUCAUGAAACACCAAAGAAAACAAUCUACCACAGGAGUCGAAUAAAAUCCGUUCGCGUCGUUUCAGCGACAGAAAUGAAGCUCCUUCAUAGAGUUUUCAGGCUGCGUGUUGUAAUGAAACGCUGAGAAGUGUACUAACCGCUAGGAAUGGCCUGGAGAGAUUGAGCUAGACAUGGUGCUGUAAGGUUAGAAUGCUUUCUGUUGAUCUGGCAUCCCAUCUUCCCAACUCCCGAGUUUUAACCUUUUAAAUUCCCCGUGUAGUUUGAUUUAAGUUGCUGUUGUCCGUUCAGUGAUUUGUCAUGUCUUCCCCCUCCACCACGUUCUGUUAGAAUUGUUUUAAGCUGUCGUCAACUUGAACAAUAUGGGUACUUGAUGGAACAUUUCUCAUGUUUGUUUUGACUCAUUUUAAUUCUGGUGUAAUUGCCAACUGGGAUGUAAAGAGUUAACUACUGUGAAUAGCCUGGACUUGAGUUGCUCUCACUGAAUGAUGGAUGACCUGUACAUAGACAUCACACAGUGCCUUUCUGACCAUCCUUAUCUCUGAUCCACUGUCUGCUCUCCUCACUCCAUGUGUCCAGUACCAGGGACUUGCUUUGUUUUUAAGUUUCUUAAGAACUUUUUUUUUUCCUAUUCGAAGAGCAUCAACACACUUUAAGUCUUUCUGUGUAAAUAUGUAAAAAAAAAAAUUAAGUGUCUUCAACUACAACCAGCAACCCAAUUUGGAUAUUUAGUGCCCUGGUUCUGCUUAAGUGUGCCGAGUUGUACAGUUAUCAUUUUAUGGUACUUUGGACAAUAAAGACGUUAUAAAA